AUGCUGUCGGGGAUCCUAGUCUUCAAUCAGAAGGGUGAGAACCUCAUCUUCCGCGCCUUCCGGAGUGACUGUCGCCCACGCCUUGCCGACAUCUUUCGCAUCCAGGUCAUCGCCAACCCGCAGGUCCGCUCCCCGAUCUUGACCCUGGGCUCGACUACCUUCAGCCAUGUCAAGCACGAGAAUAUCUACCUGGUCGCCGUGACCAAGAGCAAUGCCAAUGCUGCGCUUGUGUUUGAGUUCCUCUACAGGCUGAUCGUGCUGGGGAGGAGUUACUUUGGAAAGUUCGAUGAGGAGGCUGUGAAGAAUAACUUUGUGUUGAUUUACGAACUGCUUGAUGAAAUCCUCGACUUCGGGUACCCCCAAAAUACCGAAACGGACACCUUGAAGAUGUACAUCACGACCGAGGGGGUCAAGUCCGCCAUUGCCAACUCGCCCACAGACUCUAGUCGAAUCACUCAGCAAGCGACGGGCGCGCUCUCUUGGCGCCGCUCAGACAUCAAAUACCGCAAGAACGAAGCCUUUGUCGACGUGAUCGAAGACGUCAACCUCCUGAUGUCGGCAACCGGCACCGUCCUGCGCGCCGAUGUGAACGGGCAGAUUGUCAUGCGGGCAUAUCUUACGGGCACUCCGGAGUGCAAAUUCGGUCUCAACGACAGGCUCCUCUUGGAUUCUGGUGGUUCCUCUAGUGCGAACGGAGGUCGAGGUGGCGGGGGCAUUUCUGGGAACAACAAGGCUACACGAGCAGCUGCCGGUUCGGUCACGCUGGAGGACUGCCAAUUCCACCAGUGCGUGAAAUUGGGCCGAUUCGACGCUGACCGUAUCAUCUCGUUCGUGCCGCCGGACGGCGAGUUCGAGUUGAUGCGUUACCGCGCGACGGAAAACGUCAACCUGCCCUUCAAGGUGCACCCAAUCGUGCGUGAGAUUGGUACGACAAAGGUUGAGUACAGCGUGGCGAUCAAGGCCAACUACAGUUCGAAGCUGUUUGCGACGAAUGUCGUUGUUCGUAUUCCGACGCCGCUCAACACUGCAAAGACCACCGAGCGCACGAGUCAAGGCCGCGCCAAGUAUGAGCCUGAGCAGAACAAUAUCGUGUGGAAGAUCCCGCGAUUCUCGGGCCAGAGCGAGUAUGUCCUCAACGCCGAGGCGACUCUUACUUCAAUGACCCACCAGAAGGCCUGGAGUCGGCCGCCGCUUAGCCUUUCGUUUAGCAUUCUCAUGUUUACCUCUUCUGGUUUGCUUGUGCGGUACUUGAAGGUCUUUGAGAAGAGCAAUUACAGUUCCGUCAAGUGGGUGCGCUACAUGACUCGCGCGGGAAGCUACGAGAUCCGAUUCUAA